CCUUUCCUCUUUCCCUCUGUCCCCCCCUUCCCCCCACCCCACUCUCCCUCUCUGGUGUAUCUGUCUACGGCAACCAGCGUCCUCCUCAUCUAUACGCACUGAAAGGAAAGAAACAUCUUUGGUUGGGAGAGAAGGAGGAAAAAAAAAAGAGAGAGAGGAAAAAACUUGCCUGGUUGUGGAAAAUGACACUUGAAGUAGCAAAGCCGGCAGCGCGAGUUGAGUCUAUUGUUUCUUAAAUUGCCAUCAGGGCUUUUUUUUUUUCUUCCUGCUUCUUCAAGUGAAGGGUACCUCUACAAAAGGAAACUCCAGCCCCUCCUGUCCUCCACCGGCCUGUGAUCAUUACAAAAAAAAAAAAAAAAAAAAAAAAAAAAAAAAAGCACCCAAACCAAAAAUUAACCAACCAAACAACCCCCAACAGCCAAGCAUACAUCUCUAUUUUUUUAUUUUGGUCUUUUCGUUGGAUUUUCCCUUCUUUUUUUUUUUUUCCUCUCCUUUUUUUUUGGGUUAUCGCUCAGUUUUGAGCGAAGGUUUACAUUUUUUUUUUUAAAUUUGCUUUCCAGCCCGCCUAGAUCUUCUAGCACGAGUUCAUCGUCUCAAAAAAAAAAAAUCUCUGGCUGGCGUUUUUCUUUCCUUUUUUUUUUUUUUUUCAAUAUUUUCAAGGGGGAGGAGAUUUUCCACAAGAAAAGGUUGUUUUCAUGUUUGGGAUUCAGGAAAGCAUCCAACGGAGUGGAAGCAGCAUGAAGGAAGAGCCGCUGGGCAGCGGCAUGAACGCGGUGCGGACGUGGAUGCAGGGCGCCGGGGUGCUGGACGCCAACACGGCGGCGCAGAGCGGGGUGGGUCUGGCCCGGGCUCACUUUGAGAAGCAGCCGCCUUCCAAUCUGCGGAAGUCCAACUUCUUCCACUUCGUCCUGGCCCUCUACGACAGACAGGGCCAGCCCGUGGAGAUCGAGAGGACAGCCUUUGUGGGGUUCGUGGAGAAGGAAAAAGAAGCCAACAGCGAAAAGACCAAUAACGGGAUUCACUACCGGCUCCAGCUCCUCUACAGCAAUGGGAUAAGGACGGAGCAAGAUUUCUACGUGCGCCUCAUUGACUCCAUGACAAAACAAGCCAUAGUGUAUGAAGGCCAAGACAAGAACCCAGAAAUGUGCCGAGUCUUGCUCACACACGAGAUCAUGUGCAGCCGCUGUUGUGACAAGAAGAGCUGUGGCAACCGAAAUGAGACUCCCUCAGAUCCAGUGAUAAUUGACAGGUUCUUCUUGAAAUUUUUCCUCAAAUGUAACCAAAAUUGCCUAAAGAAUGCAGGAAACCCACGUGACAUGCGGAGAUUCCAGGUCGUGGUGUCUACGACAGUCAAUGUGGAUGGCCAUGUCCUGGCAGUCUCUGAUAACAUGUUUGUCCAUAAUAACUCUAAGCAUGGGCGGAGGGCUCGGAGGCUUGACCCCUCGGAAGGUACGCCCUCUUAUCUGGAACAUGCAGCUACUCCCUGUAUCAAAGCCAUCAGCCCGAGUGAAGGAUGGACGACGGGAGGCGCGACUGUGAUCAUCAUAGGGGACAAUUUCUUUGAUGGGUUACAGGUCAUAUUCGGUACCAUGCUGGUCUGGAGUGAGCUGAUUACUCCUCAUGCCAUCCGUGUGCAGACCCCUCCUCGGCACAUCCCUGGUGUUGUAGAAGUGACAUUGUCCUACAAAUCGAAGCAGUUCUGCAAAGGGACACCGGGAAGAUUCAUUUACACAGCGCUCAAUGAACCCACCAUCGAUUAUGGUUUCCAGAGGUUACAGAAGGUCAUUCCUCGGCACCCUGGUGACCCUGAGCGUUUGCCAAAGGAAGUCAUCCUCAAAAGGGCCGCGGAUCUGGUGGAAGCGCUGUAUGGGAUGCCACACAACAACCAGGAAAUUAUCCUGAAGAGAGCCGCUGACAUCGCAGAGGCCCUGUACAGCGUCCCCCGCAACCACAGCCAGCUCCCGGCCCUCACGAACACCUCGGUCCACGCGGGCAUGAUGGGCGUGAACUCCUUCAGUGGACAGCUGGCUGUCAAUGUCUCCGAGGCGUCGCAGGCCACCAACCAGGGUUUCACCCGCAACUCAAGCAGCGUGUCGCCACACGGCUACGUGCCGAGCACCACCCCGCAGCAGACCAAUUACAACUCCGUGAGCACGAGCAUGAACGGCUACGGCACGGCCGCCAUGUCCAAUCUGGGCGGCUCCCCAACCUUCCUCAACGGCUCAGCGGCCAACUCGCCCUACGCCAUCGUGCCAUCCAGCCCCACCAUGGCCUCCUCCACAAGCCUCCCCUCCAACUGCAGCAGCUCCUCGGGCAUCUUCUCCUUCUCACCAGCCAACAUGGUCUCAGCCGUGAAACAGAAGAGUGCUUUUGCGCCAGUCGUCAGACCCCAGACCUCCCCGCCUCCCACCUGCACCAGCACCAAUGGGAACAGCCUGCAAGACCAGUCUUUUGUGGACUCUAGCAAGUUCUCCACUGCAGGGUCUCUCCCGGGACUGGCCUUCUCCUGAAGUAGGUCACUCAACCUUCCCUUCCUGUUGCCUGUGUCAGAGUGAACGUGUGUGGGGCUGAUCAUGGGGAGUGGGUGAGCCAAGGCCUGACCAGAGCCCUGAGGUUAGAGCAUUGUCGGCCAAAGGCCCAGACUGACUGCUGGGAACCAGAAACCCCAAAUUGUUACUAGAGUAUUCUGGUUCGUAUUGAAAUUGUUCCAUUUUGUGGUCCCCAUCAUGGAGUAUGGAAAAUAAGAGUCACCAAGAAUUGAGGUGACCUCUUAACUCAUUGAGGAAAAAGAACCCUACCCUUUUAAAACGGGGCCGCCGCGUCUCACGUUUUUCUCAUGCGCUGGCACUGUUGACCUGCACAAGCUCAUUCAUCCCUCACAGCAGGAUUGUGUGCUGGGCCUUCGGAGCCCCUACUUUACAGAUGAGAAAACUCAAGGUUAGGGAGGUCAUGAAAUUGUUCGACUUCCGGCAGUACUGUGCGGCAGAAGCUGGCUUCAAACUCAGGCUCCAAAAUUCAUCUCCUCUUUCCAUCUCCCAAGCACCGUAUCACUCAGAGGGGGCAAAAAGGAUGCACCCAGUAUUCCUAAGGCAGCUGCCAGGGGAAUGAGAUCAAUGAAAUUAUCAGCUCCCAUUUAUUUAGCCCUGAACCGUGUGUCAGGCGCUGUGCUCAGCACUGAGCAUGUUUUAUCUUAUUUAAUCCUCACAACUUCCUGGUGAAAUAUGAGGAUAUUAUGGUCUCCAUUGUCCUGAUGAUAAAGCUGAAGCUUAAGGAGAGUAAAUACCCGCCCAUAGGCCUAGCCCGUAAAUGGUGGAGAUGAAUGUAAACCCCACAGGGUCUGUGCCCCUAACCCCUAGCCCCUGCAGCUCCCCACAGUGCCUUUCCUCAGUGGUCGCCAUGCCACCUUCACUGACGGAGGUCGGCCACAGGGGGCGGGCGGGCUCAGGAGGGUGGCAUACCUCUCCGGCAUCUCUCAGCCCUGUCCCUUCUGUAUGCGCAUCUAACGUACCGUAUGUUAUGUAUACGUGUAUUAUUAGUGUUAUUUCUGCAGAGUACACGGGUACUCUGUACGGGAUGCUUUACCUGAUAUGAUCGUCUAUGGAUUCUUCCAAAGAUCCUAUGAAAUCAGUACUAUUCCCUUUACAGAGGCCCAGUUUGCUCAAGGUCACACAGCUAGUUCUGAUAGAGCCAAAAUUGAACCCAAACUGUGUGAUUCCAGAACCUGAGCUCCUAAUCGCUCUGAAUUUCUGACGACUCCAGGCAGGCUCUGCUAAACAUGCUUCAGAGACCUGCUGGCAAAUCUGGCCAGCGCAGCCCAAGCCAUGCCCAGAAUAACACGCUCAUGGCCUCCCUUGAACAGCAUUGGCAAAGCCCCCUGAAAGGGCAGAGGAAAAUAAUCUGAGCUACAUUUUGGGCACCAUUACUCACAGUGGGUCAUGCCCACCUCCACACAGGGGAGCCACCCAUUCAUGCACAUCUGAGUUUCUUUCAGCUGAAAAUAAUGCUUUGUCACCCUCAAUACCCCUCCGGCUGGCAAACUAAGGCUAUAAUGCUUAGGUGAAUAUAACUCACAGUGGGUUUCAAUAAGGAUAAAACCUAUGGAAACAGAAAUCUGCCAUUUUUGAGCUGCCUAUCACAACCCUCACUGAAACAUAAAUUUGAUAUCAGAGUAAGGUAGAAUGGGGGUUGUGAUCAGCAGCUGAGAGGCGGUACUUGGGAAGCAAAGGCCUGCAGCUCUUCAGAGGUCAGCAGCUGGAUCCCCGGCCCACAGCGACUUAAGCGGACAGCCCUUCUGCAAGGCCCAGUGUCUCGGCCAGCGGUGCCCUGAGGAGGGAGCAGGAAGGGACAGAACAUAGGGACUCAGCCCAGACCAUAGAAUGUCCUAGAUUUAGGGAACAUCCGGUGGGGGGUGGGGGGGUGUGUGUGUGUGUGAGCGCACACGUGCAGGUGCUCUUAAGUAAUAAUGAAGCGGCUUCAAGACAGGGAGUCAUACAAAAUUUGUUUACUUGUCAUCCGGGGCAUUUCUAACCCAAGUCUGCACAGGUUCCAGAAGUACAGAGGCUGAUCCCCCUGUUCUGAUUAGCAGCCGGAUCGCCUCCUCUCCAUCACAUUUCUCACACGCAGCUGCACACUGGGGGGGUUCAAGGUGAAAUUCAGGGACACGCUUUGUGCUGGAUUUGCUAUUGUGGACGACAUCGCCCUUGCCUUCUGUUUGAGCACGUGUCCAGGAGAUUCUUUCUGAUGGUUUUUGUUUUUCCAAUACCAUCAUGUACCAAACGGCUCUUGAGGGCUGGCCGGGGAGGAGGAAUGAGUAGAGAAAUUAAAGUCGAAUCCACUGACACCAUGUUCCUUGGAGCUGCCCUGUCUGUCUUGCCGCCACUCCAUGCCCAACCCCCGCCCUCCCCAGGCUGGGCCCACACACCUGGGAUUGCACCUUGGCCCUCCCGAGCACCACCCCUACUGUAAGGUGCACCCACCAUUGCUUCGGGGGAGCUCCUGCCUGAGGCCUUGUGGUGUCCCCUGGAGAAAGGGACAUUGAAACAGUGGGAUCCGAGACCUGUAACUAAAGAAUGACCUCAUCGUUAGUUUUCUGAGCUCUGCUUGUCUACAGAGAAAGGACGCAGACAGGUUAUAGAAUGGUGGGGAGCGGGGAGAGCCUCUGAGGUUACCUUCCUCCUUCUCCUUCUCAUUGUUACAGUGAUUUCAUUUGGACCCACCUAGUUCAGAACUGUGAUCAUUAAGACAGGGCAAGUGAUAAAGGAAGAGUUGGUUAAGCAAAUGGACUGUAUAAAUAAGAUCAGAGGUGACACGUUUAGGCUGUUUGAAGGUUUUAAAGACUUGUGUACCUUUAACUGCCACUCUACUAAUUGUACAUCCUUCUGGGAUUUUUAGCCAGCUCCUUAAAGGCCUUUCCCCAGGAGCCCCAUCUUGGCCUCCUCUGGUGACUGCGUGCAUGUUUAUUCCCCAGUGAACAGGCAUUGCAAUCUCACGUGAUGGUGAUGACAAUGGUCACAGCUACUACCAUGGGAGGGCUUGUUCCCAGCCGGGCUUCUGCAUUAUCUCGUUCCCAGCCACCCUUGAUGUAGGCUGUUUGUUGUCCCCAUUCUACAGAUGCAGAAACCGAGCCUUAGAGCCAAGAUGGCUCAUCCAGAGUUACACAGCUGGCAAACUGGGAGAGCCUGGGGUGAAAAUCCUAGUGGACCGAGACUGUCGUGAAGUGUGCUAUAUGGUCAUACUGUUGUGAAUCCACUGGGUUAGGCCCAGGUGGACUACAAAAUCCUGGCCUUACAAUCAUUCCCUGUAUUAAAGGAAACACAACACCACAGUAAGGCAGACAGAUUUGUCUGGGAGAGGCUGGGCACCCACCUGUGGAAGUUCAGAGGAGGGAAAGAUCAGGGAGAAUUCAGGACAACCUCAUGGAGAAAGCUGCCAUUGAACUGGACCUUGGAUGAAGGGCAAGGAGGGUCAGGCAGAGGGAGACGGGGAGGGGCAUCUGGAGCAGAGGAUUAAAGAUAACUGGAGCCAAAGAGUAACGUGCAGUAACUAGCAAGCCGCUUGGCAUCCUGGGGCAUGGAGGCCAAGCAGUGGGGAUGAGGUUGAACAAGGAAGUCCUUACAUGGAAGCCAUAAAUUCCAUUCUUCCAUAUACUUUAUAAUUCACAGCUUCUCCUGUGGUCCCAACUGGCUUUCUCUCCCAGGUAGAUAAAACCUUGGACAAAUUACCAUAUGUCUGAGAAAUUUUUUUUAGGAUAAAGCAACUCUUAUCUCAGCACUCUGAAGUCUCACAAGAUACGCUGUUAAAAAAUAUUUUAAAUUUUGUGUUCAAACAAAUCUAGAAAAUGGUAUUUAUUGAAUCCCAGUCCUGGAGAGCCACAGUGCACCUGAGUUCAUUAAAGGCUCUGAGACAGACAUCCUGCAGUUAAACAAAAAAAGAGCAUUCCAUUUAGUUCUCUAAAUUUAUUUGCCCGGAGCACUCUUUUCUGAAUGUUAAGACCAAUUAACAUCCCAUGAAAAACUUAAGAAAAUGUGGCUGUAUUUUGGAUUUAAAGAGAAAAUGCAGAGGCAUCUUCUUCCAUUCCCAUCUAGGUUAAGUCAUUGAUAAAUCCUGAUCCUGACCCCCCAGGUGUGUCUAUUUUCAUAGGUCAAAGACUUGAGUGACCCACUCUGCUCAGCCAUUGUCCUGGAGAUGUCCUCUCCCUUCUCCAAAGGCUUAUGCCCCCUAGAGCAUGGAUUCUAUGCAAUUUCAGGCCUCAGAGGACUUCAUUAAUCAAGAGAGAGGCAGCCCCAAGGAGGCUGUCAGCAUGCCAUUGGACCUCCCCGCAGUGUAGUGAUUUUAAACCCUAACCAUGUCCUGGACAGUCCCUGAAAUGAAAAAUUAAAAACAAAAGACCAGAGUGAUUUCACAGAAAUUGUACCUACAUGGUGAUUUUUUUUUUUUUUUCUUUUCUUACCUUGUUGAAGUUCAGGCUGGCUGGCCCCACCCAACUCUGGAUAACGUGUAGUUCGCCAGCAAUCUUUUGGAACUGCCUUUUGCUCUGUGCACAUGCUCAAUUUGUCGAAGAUCUGCCCCCCCCAACCCGUUCUGUUCCCGAUUAGCUCAUAAUUCUUACACAUGUGGUGGUUCGAGGAAGACCACAUUCCACCCUCUCACUCCAAACUCUCCCAGCUCUGCAAAACUUUUCGUUUUGUCUUUGUUCUUAUCAGAAUGUGAAAAUCAUAAUGUAAAAUGCAUGGCCCUUCAAACCAAUAGUUUUCUGACCUUCUGUCCCAGAAAGUGAUCACCCAGCUGCCCGGAAAAAUGGCAGAACCACCCCGGUCUUAUGAUGUCUUGUGAUGUUUGGCAUGUGUUGCUCUCUGAGAGUGUUGUGUCCUUAUGGAAAUCUUCAUGGCCCCCAUUUGGGCAAGUCCGUGUGCCAGCAGCAUUUCUGGAACAUUCCAAGCCUCAAACACCCAUCCCUCUCACCCACAUAAGUAAUCUUGAGGAUUGCAGCAUAGAUACAAGAAAAACAGCUCCCAACAACCCAGGAGUCCCCUGUGAUCAUGCAGUGGGAUUACUUUAUAGAAAGGCCUCUUUAGAGCCAUGGCAACUCAGAGGCUGCAAGCAGAGAUCUUUUCCUAAAAUUUAUUUAUCAGUGAGAGCUCUGCGUUGGGAGUUUAGGAAGUCACAGUUGAAACUUAAUGAGCUGUGACCCCGAUAUUAUAUGCAGAGUUCAGGGUGUCUUACACCCCGAGAUUCCACAGUUUCCAUUAGACUCUAAGAGAAGUCUGAGGGCCAACGAAGGCAAGGUAGGUAAGUGUGAGCACACCAAAGCCACCGCCCUGGGUGCCCUCAGAUAUGUCUGUCAGCUUGUUUUGAAUUUUAAUUAUUUGCUCAGAUGUAUAAACUAGGCUCUUUCGUGUUUUGAAAAAUUCACAUUUCCAUCUUCUCUUCCAAGAAAUCAGAAGAUCUGGUGGUUGUGAGCAGGCAUUUCCGUGCAGCCGCUCUGGGGGGCCCCCUCUAAAGAAGGCCGGCCAUGCCCUUGGCAGAGUCCCCUCUAUCCCUAUUAGUGCACCUUGCUCACUCAGGGUCUCAGUGCGGGCGCUCAGGGCGGUGGAGUUUGUGACCCUAUAUUCCAGAUACAGCAGCACCGUGAGCUACGGACUCCGUUAGCUUGGCUUUAUAGGUUUUAACGCGGCCCUAGUGGAGGUUUAAUCUAAUUAAUCUAGCACAUUAUUCAGGUACAAAACACUGCUAGAUUUUUUUCUUUUCCUGGCCAUCCAGAUUUAAACAAACAAACAAAUAAAAAAAACCCCUGAUGUUUUCAGGGCCCAAUUCAUACAUGUUGGCUGGUCCCACUGACCAAAUUAGCAGGAAGCUUGUCAGCUCUCUGCUUUGCAUGCUAUCGACGCGGCCUGAGCCGCCUGGCUGCUCCAUGGGGGCUGCCCUUUAACGCCAGGCGCACAACGUGGAUUCUGGUGGAGGGCAAAGCUUGGACUUGGCUCUCUUGCCAGAGGUUUAGAACUCCCACAGAACGGCCUGUCUUUAAUAAGCGUGCCUGGACCCACCUGCAGCCUAGAUGAAAGAUCCGUAGGGAGGCAGAGC